AUGUUCAAGAGAUACAAACUUAAGCCAAAAGUAGUAAAACCGCUGCUUCUUAGAUCAAAGACAGUGGGUGUUUCCAAGAGAAUAUCCGACGAGCUUCUCAAAAUACUGAGCAUGCUGAAACACUCUUCCUCCACCAUUAGAAUGCGAGGAGCAAGAGAGGCAGACAGCUUGGAGUGCAUCCCAGAGGAGAUGAUCCGAGAAAUAAUGAAAAUGUGCAAAAGCGACAAAAAAGAAGUGCGGUCGCUGUUCUAUCGAAUUACAAACAAGUUUCUUGGCAAAGCCCUCCCUGCAGAGCUGAAGAACUGGGAGGAGUACAUCAUGCUGUACUUGGAGACAAUGAUGACAUGCACAAUGAUUGAUGUGAGAAAAGACAGCCUGAACUUGCUCGACAUUUCUAUGAAAUAUUUUCCAGAGAAGGUCAAUGGAAUGAAACAGGAGCUGCUGGGCUGGCUGGACAACGACCAAAAGAUAGUAUCGCUAGAUCUAAAGUACACAGAGUGGAGCAAAGAGAUAGUCAAAAGACAAAAAACACUUCUAUCGCUGCAAAAAACAAAACACAUUUCUGUGCGGUUUGAUAGCAAGAUAUACCUGCUGCACAGUGGAGUGUUUAUUGAUGGAGUGUACAAAAGCCUGCAAUAG